AUGGACAUCCCACAAGUCGCGCCUCAAUCUGUCUCCGAACUCCCUUCUCAACCUGUUUUCAACGGUACCGUCAAGGACGAGCCGCAGACUUCUGUCCAUGCACAGCCCGCCGAGAAUGGGCAAGAUGAAUCGGAUGAUGCCUUAUACAGCAUGAGUAUGCAUGAACGACUCAAACUUGAAAAACGACGCGCAGCCCAAAAUGCCGAAAAGUCAUUCAGCCUCACAGCAUCCGCUACCGUCACGAAGGAAGAGUUCCCAGCUCCCAACACUCGCAAACGCAAGAAAGCUCCCGCCGGCAAAGCCGUCAAAAAGCGCAAAGUCGAGAAACCCGCGGAGGACAACGACAUCUACAUCGUCGAGAGCAUCAUCAGCGUCCGCAGCGAAGGCGACCCCAUUGUCACGGGGCAACCGUUAUUGGGGAAGUCGGCGUUGCUGAUGGUUCACCCGGGUGACCUCCAGAGUGAUAACAUCAAGAAACGAUACCUCGUCCAUUGGGAGGGCUACGGCGACGCCGGCCGCACAUGGGAACCUGAGGAGCAUCUGUCGUCGGCAAAGUUGAUGCUGAAGGAGUUUUGGAAACGGCGUGUUGCGGCUAGGAAAAAGGUUGGGGCUGCGAUGAGGCUUGUGUGUGCGCUUGCGAGAUGGCGGGUGCGUGUACGGAAGAAGUGA